AGAAGAAGCGUCUAUGCUAGGUGUAGCUUUAGUUGUCUGAAGAUUUACAUGUAUAAAUUCUACAUUUAAUUAAUAUUUACAGUUCUGAGUGAAGGAAAGGCGCUAGAUCCUCACCAUGGAUGAGAAGUGUGUGGCGGACGAUGGAGGAGAAGAAGCUCUGCUGCAGCUCCAGCUGAGCUGUACCAAGGCGGUCGAGACCGAUCUGUCCAUGAGCGACAUCAGACACCUUCACCACGAACUGUGUCAGCUCAGAGAACUGGUGGCUGCCCUGGAGAACGUGCUAAAGACAGAGAAGGAGGUGAAGGCCUCGCCCUCUCUGUGUUCGGUGUGUAAGGCUGAACUGAACCCCGACUCCCGAAAUCCCGAACACACACUGCAGGAAGUGGAAGCUGCUCGGAGUGUGUACGAGGACGAGAAGCGGUGUGAUGAGGUCACGUGUUUUGUAAAGCUGGUGGACUGUAGGAGCAGGCGGGAGGUAAACCCGGGGGGCGCUCACCACGAGGAGCAGGGGGAUGGAAACCCGGACGAUCCAGACCACGAAGACUUGGUGUCUCCUAUCGAUGGAUCUUGCGAUGAUGGAGAUUGGCAGCCUUUGCCCAAAAAACAAGAUCUCAGAAGAUCACGUCAUGCCAACCAGACUAGAAAACGGGCAGGACGCUGGACGAGACGAGCUCCACUUGAAGAUGAUGAGGCUGGCGUGGUGAACGGCAUGAUCGAGAAGAUUGAAGAAGAGGAGAUGUUUGAGGAGACCAGACCUUUAAACAAGCUGUUCAAGUGCUCGCUCUGCGAUAAGAGCUACUCCUCGGCGCAGUACCUCCAGAAGCACAUGAAGAGGCACAAGAAGGAGCUGAAGUUCCACUGCGAGGAGUGUGGGAAGGGUUUCAUGACGGCGACCGAGCUGACCCUGCACACGGUCCGUCACACGGGGGUCAGCAGCUUCGUCUGCGGCGUGUGCGGUAAAAACUUGCCCAGCUCUUCAGGUCUGAAGGCCCACAUGAUGAAGCACAGCGACGAGAGGCCGUUCAGCUGCAGGGAAUGCGGCAAGACCUUCCGCACCAAGGGCAACCUCAAAGCCCACCUCAGGACCCACACGGGCGAGAAACCGUACCGCUGCUCGCACUGCGACCGGACCUUCACCCACGCCUCGUACGUCAAGGUCCACGAGCGCACGCAUACCAACGACCGGCCGUUCAAGUGCAGCACCUGCAGGAAGACCUUCGCGCGUCCGGACUGCCUGCGCCUGCACGAGAGCAUGCACGCCGGGGUCAAACCCUACCAGUGCUCGCACUGCGGCAAGAGCUUCCGCCAGGUCUCCAACCUGCUGAGCCACGAACGGACCCACACCGGGGAGAAGCCCUACCUGUGCUCGGACUGCGGCAAGAGCUUCUCCAACGUCACGCACUUCCACAACCACAGGCGCAUCCACACGGGCGAGAAGCCCUUCCAGUGCAGCACCUGCGGCAAGAGCUUCAGGAAGCAGUACACGCUCUACCAGCACGGCCUGACCCACACCGGGGAGCGGCCGUACAAGUGCUCCCAGUGCGACAAGAGCUUCUCACGCACCAGUACCCUGAAGCAGCACCAGAGGAUGCACUCCGGAGAGAAGCCGUACCAGUGCGCUGUCUGCGAUGAGAAGUUCGCUUUCCUCAGCUCGCUGCACCAGCACAGGAAGAAACACGACAGAGAUACGGAAGCAGACCUUCCUACAUCUGCACCCACGUCCUCAGAAGCUCCUCAGUGACCGAGAACACUCGAUUAUUAGAAUAGCUGUAAAUAGUUCUAGAGUUCUUUUACUGUGAUUAAAUGAUUGGAGCUCAUGAUU